AUGCCUGUUCGCGGAUUGUGGAUCUUAAGCUACCAAUCAGGGGAAUGUGGAUCAGUAAAAUUCUCCAGGCGUUACCCUACUGUAGAGAAAAGAGCCAAGGGUUUUAAUAAGUCAAGCUAUGCAUCCAUUCCAGAGGAUAAAGACCUUUUAAAAGCAUUGCUGUGUGAGCUAGGUUUACCAGACGAUAAUGAAACCUUUGUGGAAUACAGGGAUAAUUGUUCCAGAAUCACUAAAACCAAUGUGCACUCGGUGACUGUUGCUGACAGGAAACUCUGGCCUGUCCUUGCCAUUCCAGAUGGUGACUUUAUCUAUGUGUGCCUGCCUCUGGUGGAACAGUUACUGAUACCCACCCCACCACUUAUAAGUAUUAACAGCAUCUCCGAAGCAUUUUCUCUUUUGUACGGUAUGAUGCAGUUCAUCAACUCAAAACACAGCACAGACGCAGACGUAUCAUCCAAGAUGGCCCAACUGCCACUUCUAGUCACUCGGGCCUGUCCUCUGGGUUCUCCUGUGGACACUAAUUUUUCUGCUCUGCCAGAGAGUCUGAGCAGUAUCUCUACAAACCAAACUUAUAAAGCCCCAGCAUGGGGGACCAGCAAACAGAAGGGUAAAGCUCAGAUCGAAGUCUUCAUCACAGAGAAAGUGAACUCCACUCAGUAUGAUAAAGGUGAUGAUAGUGACACAUGGCAGGUGUAUGGGACAGUCUCUUGCAAGUGUAAUUUGGAAACAAUCAGCCAAAAUGUAAUCGUCGGCUUGAAUCUUCCUGCUAACGGCUCCCCUCUUCAGGAUAUUCUGGUACAUCCCUGUGUGACUUCCAUUGACUCUUCCAUGCUGAUCUCGAGCAGCGUGGCGGCUACUGAUGACUCGGCAUUCAAUGGGCCAUACAAAUUUCCAUUCAUUCCACCCUUUGAUCGGUUCCAGUUGUGCUACUACACGUCACAGGUGCCAGUGCCUCCAAUAUUGGGUUUCUAUCAGAUGACUGAAGAGGGGCACCAGGUACAGAUUGCAGUUAAACUGAAGCUUCAUGAGAGUAUAAGAAAUGUAUUUGAUUACUGCGAAGCUAAGAUCCCAUUUUUCAACAAAGGCCAGAUUAAGCAUUUUGAACACAAAGCUAGUCAUGGACAACUUGAAUUAUCAAGGGAAAAAAGUCGUCUGGUGUGGGUGAUAGGGCAAAAGUUUCCAAAAUCGCUAGAAAUUUCUCUUACGGGAACUGUGACAUUCAGCUCAGAACAGCAUCCCAGUGACCCUGUGGACUCAGUCUGCGUUGGAAAUACUGCCUAUGUUAAACUUUUCUUUAGAAUCCCUGACUACAGCCUCACAGGAUGUUACACAGACCAGCAUUCUGUCCAGGUCUUUUCAUCUGCAAAGCCAAAAAUUAUAACAUGUAAGAGACUUAUGGCUUAUUAUAUUGCGCUCUGUGUUUCUAUUCUUGAUCUUAAUGUGAAUUGUUCAGUAAAACUGCAUACUUUACAGUAA